AUGUGAAUAUUUCGUUUAAAAAUAAUUAAUGUCGUUUAAAACUUAUAAGAAAAACGUUUUAAAUGAAACAGAACUUAAUAUCAGAGCUAUUAAAUCGUAAAUAUAUAUAUAUAUAUAAAAUUUUAGAGCUUUUUGUAGGUUUAGUUUAAUAUAAUGUGUAUUUUUCUAAAUGCUGCGUACAUUUCUUGAAACUAUACAUAUUUUUUAAACAAAAAAAUUAUAAAAUAUAUGAAAAAAUAUAUAUUUUCCUCUCUUAAAGAAAGUAGUUUCCCCCUCAAAAGUAUUUGAUUUAAAUCUUAGAGCUGUGGAAAACUGACAGAAAUGUACAAAAAGGAAAAAAAAAACCUAAGUGGAAUAAAUAAAAGCGUUAGAGAGAAAGGGGGAGGGCGACGAGAAGAGGCAAACAAAAGAGAAUCAAAGCAUGAUAAUAUUCCUAAAUGAAGAGGGAAAUGCUGCUCCGCUCGUUUUAUUAAUCAGACUGUCAAUUUUGCCCAAGAGGCCAAACCCAAGAGCAAUCUGAAACAGACUCAGAGAUCAACUCAGGGACGAGCAGCGCGCUCCUCACUCCUCUCCUCCUCUCCACUUGGAUAAUAUUCGUCUGACCGAAGGCCGCCUCCAUCAUCAAGUGACAGCCCUCUCCUAUUUAUUUGCUUAUAAACCUGUUACAAUAAAUGAUCAUUGGAGCAACGUCAGCCUGCGUUUUACCAGCGAGGCGCCGGCACUUUUGAUGAAUGCUGCUGUGGGGAGGAUGCUGCUGGGCUCCUCUUUGAGCUCGUCCAGAUUCUUUCAUUUUUUUGCGCGCUGCUUAUAAAAAGACAGUUAUUUAGAAUCAGUUGCUGAGUUGCAUGCGGAUUUAGCUCUGACACAACUCCAGCUCCAGCUCCACGCGGAUCCUCCCCUCCCUCUUUUUUUUUCUUUCUUGAUGAUGGAGAGGAUAAGAAAAGAGAUGAUAUUGAUGGAGAGGGGUCUGCACAGUCCCGUCGCAGGGAAGAGGCUCGCAGACGCGCCGGGAAAUUCCGUCCUGGAGGCCCUGGAGAACUCUCAGCAUGGCGGACGACUCAGCCCGAGAAUAACUUCGGCUUCUCUGCACGGAAAUCUUGCGGACAUCCCGACUAAAGGCAAAUUUGAAAUUGACAGUCUUUUUGGCACGCACCAUAACAGCGAGAACAGCGCGUCGGUGGAGAUCUCCUCGUCGGAAAGCAGGAAGAAAAUGAGCCUUUACUCCGAAGUUUCGCAAGAAUCCGACAUUAAUAGCGAUGUGGAGGUGGGAUGCCCUGCGCACCGCUCCCCCAGCCAGCACAAGGAAAACAACAAAGGUUUUUCAGACAGUAACUCUGCGUCCUCCAACACCAGCUCCAGCUCCCUCCAGAACAUGAACGGCUCCACGGGGGGAUCGAACAAUUCUAACAGCGACCAGGUCAGGAGGUAUCGGACUGCUUUCACCCGGGAACAAAUAGGCCGACUGGAAAAGGAGUUUUACCGGGAAAAUUACGUGUCGAGACCGAGGAGGUGUGAGCUGGCCGCAGCGCUAAACCUGCCCGAAACGACGAUUAAGGUGUGGUUCCAGAACAGGCGGAUGAAGGACAAACGGCAGCGCCUGGCGAUGUCCUGGCCCCAUCCGGCAGACCCCAGCUUUUACACUUACAUGAUGACGCACGCUGCAGCCACAGGAAGCCUGCCUUACCCUUUCCACUCGCACAUGCCUCUACAUUACUACCCUCACGUCGGUGUCACGGCAGCAGCAGCGGCCGCCGCAGCCUCCGGCGCAGCCUCAUCACCUUUCGCCACCUCCAUCCGGCCCCUCGACACCUUCCGGGCGCUGUCCCACCCUUACUCCCGACCGGAGCUCCUGUGCAGCUUCAGACACCCGGGACUGUACCAGUCGCCAGCUGGCCUCAACAGCUCCGCGGCGGCGUCUGCGGCGGCGGCGGCUGCAGCGGCGGCGGCGGCAGUCAGCGCGCCGUCGGCCACGGGGCCCUGUUCGUGCCUGAGCUGCCACAGCAGCCAGGCGGCGAGCGCGCUGGGCUCCAGGAGCGCAGGCGCUGACUUUACGUGCACAGCCUCCGCGCAAAGAUCCGAGAGUGGAUUUCUGCCGUAUUCUGCCGCGGUUCUCAGCAAGACCUCAGUCCCAUCACCAGACCAACGGGAGGAGACUUCACUUAACAGAUAGGCCGAACUCACCAACAGCGACAGUUUCAAUUUCCUGUAGGCCUAUUUUGAAAACAAUGCGUCCGGGUAACGCAUUACAACCCAUUUGACUUUUAUUUUAUUUUUUGCAACUUUCAACAUUUUUUCUAAACGCGUUACCCCCCUCGUUGUACAAAUAGUCUCACUGCAAUUCAUUCUGAUCCCAUGCCUCAAAGUGUCAUUUCCAAUGAAUGCGUAAAAACGCACAUUCAAACUCAAAUGAUCCAUCUUUAAAGCACAAACAUGGUCUAAUUUUACUAUCACUAUCAGACAGAAAUGCCCACUUUUCGCCCAGAAGCACAUCUUUCUUCACUAGGCCUAAUAGACUGAGGUUUUUUGGCAGCAAUAGCUUCUCCAGCACCCACUCUCUGCUCCAUGGGGACACCCCUAACCAGCUAGAAGGUGCAUAUAAUUUUGCGCUGUGUCUUUUUUGUGUCAAUUUUUAUGUUAAUAAUGAGAGGAUCAUGACAAAAAUUGCCAAUCAUGUACCUAGAUGGAGCUCCUUUGAAUACAUGACUGUAAGAAAGUUCCUCGUUUUGAGACCCGCUGUCAAGUGCUAACAACCCGCGGAGGGAAGUCAUUAGACAUACAAAAGACCUGGAACAAAGCGACAGUCCUGGCGCACAGAACGCACGCUGUAACCAUACUGUCUGACACUUGGAGGGUUUCAGAUACGAACCAAUCCUUCGGAGAGGCCCGAAAUAUUUUUAUUCUGAUAAUGGGGAUUAUUUCGACACACACUGCAGCCUUCGUUUGGUGAACCUCUUUAUAUCAAUCUGGAUUUUCUUUUCUUUUUUUAAUAUAUCCGCAGGUCUGCAGUCCCUUAAGGCGAAAGUUCAGCCCGCCUGUACAAAUGUGGGUUUUCUGAUGGGAUUUCACCUGUUAUCAGUAACGAACAAUUACAACAUAAACUAUGUGAAAUAAUAUUAACCUGGGCUAUAGUAAUUUAAAAAUGAACCAACUGUAAAUGGUGGGCAAUUUUUUCCCAUAUUUUAUUUCUUUUGUGUGACUUGCUGAAUGUUUUUAUUGCGUAAACACUGGAUUCACGCGAAAAGAGCCUAUCAAAUUGGCUUGUAAAUUUCCCAAUAUUUCCCAACAGGUUUUUUUUAUUAUUAAAAUAAGAAAAAAAAUCUAAAAAAUUAAGAUUUUUUUAAUGGUUUACACUGAAGAGGCUUAAAAAGGCUGAUAAACGGGCACUGAAAUUAAACGCCUUGUCCCCUUAGGUCUAUGUUUUAACUCUAUAUCUCUGUAUUUAAAAUAUCGGUGGCUGUAUGAAUUUAAAUAAUUUAACUUGGAAAAAAAUGUGCAAUAUGAAAUGUAAAUCAUGUUAUUUAUUGAUCGUGUUUGUUCUUGGAAAAUAAAUAAAAAAAUCUCUUUA